UACAGACACGCAAUGGAAAUGUGACUUCGUUAAGCGGAUAACAUUAUUUUUAUAGAUCACAGAUGAUACACUACUCAGGCAUUUGGUUGCGCGCAAAAUAAACAGUCAUAGUACAAUGUUAUUUGCUGCAAAAGUUGAAUACGUUUAUAACAACCAAAUCGACAAAAAGAAAGCUCACAAGUGAUUGAACCACUGAGGGAGUAAGCUUUAGCCGGCGAUUAUCAUUAUUAGAAUAAUCUAAGUAAGUAACGUAAGGGUCUGAAACUAUCCAGGGCACUGUGGAGUAAAAGACGAGAACAUUUGGAAUUUUGAAUCACUUGGAACCAAUGAAGUGUGAACGUAGUUCAUUAUUGAGCCAUAUAUUAUAGAUCAGUGCAUUUCUAAAGAAGAUCCAAAAAUAUAACAGCGUGAUUUAAGGAUAGCAGGAAUCGCUAAUGCUGAUAAUACCUGCAAUUAAUGACGUAAAAGCGGCCGUAAAAGAAAUCUAUACUCUGAUUGUAAAGAAUAUCGCUGUGGUGAGAUAGCCCGGGGUGAGGAGAGAUACGGGUUAAAAGGGCCUAACAUCGAUCGCUUUUGGAAAGCCAACAGAGACGUAAGAUUCAUCCUGAGAUAUUAUAUAGGAGGGUCGGAUUAACUUGUUGGAUUAAACAGUUAGCGAUCACAUGAAACGAUGCGCUUAGUUGAAGAAUAUCUAUUCGGCCGGUGCUCUUUACUCAAGUUUUCAACUCGGUGAGAUUAAACAAAUUUUAGCUAAUGGUAUUUAAAGCAAGACACUUAGCAGACAAUCUAUUAUUAUGAAGCUUAAUGUGCGCAGAACAAGAAUAUGUUCAAGUUGAAAUCUUCUUAAGAUAAAGUGAUGCAAGGCCACAGGGUAAGAUAAAAGACGGUAAUAAAUAAGCAUCAGUCUGAACACAUUUACAAUGAAUGAAACAUCAUUCCAGUAUGAUAAUAUAAAACAACAUAAAAAUCUUACGUUCAACAUUAACGUAAACGCUACUCAUAAACCAACAUGGACUUCUACAGAAAAUGGUAAAAUUGCGAUUGCAGUUUGGAAGUAUGCAUCUCCAUGUAUAUUUGCAUUGGGGACUAUAGGAAAUCUUUUAUCCAUCGCAGUUCUUCUCAGAAAACGUAUGAGGAAGUUUUCCACGAGUUUAUUUCUGGUUUUGCUCGCACUAUCGGAUUUAGUGCACUUACAUUCGGGACUAUUACGUAGCGUUAUAUCCUAUAGUACCAACGCUACGUACGUAAGCCACGUCGAGGUGACCCAGGCAGGGUGCAAGGUACAUUAUUUCUUCACGUACUUUUCCGUUCAUUACAGCGCUUGGGUGUUGGUAGCCGUUUCAGUGGAAAGAACUAUCGCAGUUUGGAUGCCUUUUAGAGUGAAACAACUCUGUAGCCGUAAAAGUUCAGCCAUAACAUUGUUUAUCGUCGGGAUAUUACUGACGGCGGCAAAUCUGCAUUUCUUUUGGACUGCUGGGAUAAUCCCAGCCCCCAGAAAGCGCAACUCCACGAUCUGUAACUUAUCGGGGAACCAAUAUAAAGUAUUUUGGCGUCAGUACUGGCCAUGGAUUGACGCGACUCUUCGCUCAUAUCUACCAUUCACCUUAAUUGUUUUGAGUAACUCUCUGAUUAUUGCAAAAAUAUUACAGACAAGACGUCAACGUAAACUUUUAACUUCUAGAACAUGCAACCAUUCCAAUGGGAUAACGUCAAUGACGGCAAUGCUCAUAGGCAUCAGUAUAGGUUAUAUCAUAACAACCUCUCCAAUUUCCGUAUUCUUCGCCUAUGUGAAUUACAUUAUGUACCACCAUGGCAAAAUUCCUGAUCAGUUUGUAGGAUCUUUUCAGCUGGCGUACGCAGUGUGCAUGAUGCUACAUUACUGCAAUAACGCCGUCAAUUUCCUCCUGUAUUGUGUAACAGGGCCUCGCUUCCGCAAGGAGCUCAUCGUCAUGUUCUGUUGCCUGAGGACGAGCACCCUUCAGUACAAAGGCUACUACCUCAAAAAGACAAGUUACGCGUCAAACGUUGACGCUACGAAGACGACGCGCUACAGUCUAAGUAGCUCGCGUUCAAAUGGCGGAUCACGCACCAGCAGAGGCAGUGCUAAAAAUAACAAUUCGAGACAAUCUCAAUCUAGAAAUCAAACGUAUUUGUCACCCCCAUCACCUCGGAACUCUCCCAUGACAAUCAGGUGACAUAAAUUUGUUUGGAAAAUCCAUUUUGAUGCAGUAUGCUUAGGAUCACUGGAGGUCACACCAGUUCGCAAAUACAAUCAAUCAUUCGGUCCCAUCUACAAUCAAUCAUUAUAGUCAAAUAUUUGAUAAUGAUGUUUUUAUUCAGAAGCGUUUCCAAAUGCUGGAACUAUCUAUUACAUUGGCUUUCUAGAGAUUUGACAUGAGUGUUUUCUUACAAUGAAAUGCAAGAUUCAAUAGUGUGGACAUUGUCUCAUAUAUAUCAGUGAAAUAGUAUGAUUCUAUGCUGAUUCUUAUCUAAGAUUGCCAUCAAUCCAUUUACUGUUGUUGUCAAUUUGUUCCAAGAGGGUUAGAACUGUAGCUGGCAAUCAGACAAAUUGAAUGUUUGUAGUAUCAAUUUACGUAUUUCGUAUUCAUCGCUCGUAGAUGUCAUCCCUUUGUUUCCUGUUCAACCCUCGUAGAUGUCAUCCCUUUGUUCUGUAUUCAAACCUCAUAGAUGUCAUAUUUUUGUUUCGUAUUAAGCCCUCGUUGAUGACCCAUGUUAUCCCUUUGUUUCGUAUUCAACGUUCCUUGAUGUCAUCCUUUUGUUUCGUAUUCAACCCUCGUAGAUGUCAUCCUUUUGUUUUGUAUUCAAAUUUAGUAGAUAUUUCCCUUUAUUCUGCAUCCAACCAAAGUAAACGUCUUCCCCUUGUUCUGCAUUCAACACUCAUAGAUGUCAUAAUUUUAUUUUGUAUUCAGCCUUCGUAGAUGUCAUCUUUGUUAUCAUUCAACCCCCUUAGAUGUCAUGUUUGUUUUGUAUUUAGCCUCAAAGGUCUCUGU